UUCCUUCCCCAAGCAAAAACCUCCUAUAAAACACAACUCGCCCAAACACGGAUCAAACGACCCCAGAAAAAAGCAACUGAAAAGAGAGGGCGGCGACGAGACGAGACGAGAUGGAGGGGCACGUGGGGCAGUUCUUCGAGUCGGUGAGCUCCAUCUUCCGCGGCAGCGACACCCUCCCCGUCUGCGACCGCGACAUCAUCGCCGGUUGCGAGAGAGAGGUUGCUGAUGCUGCAAAUCAAGAACAGAAGAACGAGAGCCUCAUGAGGCUAUCCUGGGCGCUUGUUCACUCUGGGCAGCCUGAGGAUGUCAACCGCGGCAUUGGAAUGCUUGAAGUUUCUUUGGGCAAGUCUAACACCUCACUACAAACGAGGGUGAAGCUCUAUUUGUUGGCUGUUGGACACUACAGAAAUGGGGAUUACACAAGAAGUCGUGAACUUAUCGAAAGAUGCAUACAGAUUCAACCUGACUGGAGGCAAGCUCUCACUUUGCAAAGGCUCCUUGAGGAGAAAACCAAAAGAGAUGGUAUGAUUGGCAUGGCCAUUGUCACUGGCGCGUUUGGACUUGUGGGGCUUGUUGCUGGUGGAAUCAUAGCGGCCGCUUCAUCAUCCAGGAAGAAAUGAGGCUCUAGUAUGAAGUGAAUAAGAUGAUCAGAUGAGCAAGAACUUGAUGUGAAGUUGUGUUGUCCUACUUUAGUACUUGUAACCAUAUGCAGACUCGGUCAUCUUUUCAUGGUAGACUGAUUACCUUGUGUUCAAACAAGAGGCUUCGUAUGUAAUGUAAGCUUGAGGGUAGAUACAAGGCCACCAUGAGUUCUCGGUUUCCAAAAUUUCUCCAUUUCUGUAUUGUUGCUGCUUCUGAAUAGAUGAAUGCAUGUCAAGAGAGAAUGAGAUGUUCUGCCUCC